AUGAAGGCUUACUGGUACGAUAACCUCCCGGGUGACCAACGUCUCGCCCACGACUCCGGCCGCCCAGUAGACCCCGCCUAUCUCAGCACGCUGGGGAUCCUCCACCAACGCUUCCCGGACCCCUCCGACCUGAGCGGCAUCAACGCCCUGGCGGAAGCCCGCUCCUACAAGAACCGCGACGAGGUCGAGAUCUCGCCCACGACGCUCCCGGGCUACGAGGAGAAGGUGAAGAAUUUCUUCCACGAGCACCUGCAUGAGGAUGAGGAGAUCCGGUACAUCCUGGCCGGAGCGGGAUACUUUGAUGUCAGGAGCGAGGGCGACGACUGGGUGCGCAUCCGGCUCGAGAAGGGCGACUUGAUGAUCAUGCCGGCGGGCAUCUAUCAUCGGUUUACGACGGAUGAGACGAACUACACCAAGGCGAUGCGUCUCUUCAAGGAGGACCCCAAGUGGACUCCUCUCCAGCGCGGAGAGGAGACGGACAAGAACUCUUUCCGGAAAGAGUAUCUCGAGACCUAUCAGCAAGGCCAGCAGGCUGCUACCACUGCAUGA